AUGUUGAACUUCAAGCCAUCCAUCAAAGAGAUUUUGUUGAAAUCAUUAAAUAGUCACUAUUUUCUUAAUAUUUGCAAUAGCAGUUUAGAAUACUCACGAACACAAAUCUAUUUUUAUCUGAUCAUAGCCAAUUUAUGAGACUUUGUUCGUUUAUCUAUUAUGAUACUAUCAAGCUUUAUCAAUUUCAUAAAAUCCGCAAAUCAAAACUGGAGAAUUAAAUCUCUUAUGCGUAAUCCUUAUUAUAGAAUCUUAUAA